AUGAUGACUUUUACUGUUUAUCUGCUGGUCCUGUUGGCUCAGACUCUUGCGGGGCCUUGCAAUCCAAAUAAAGCAGAUGUAAUUCUGGUAUACUGCUAUCCUAAAACCAUCAUUACCAAAAUUCCGGAGUGUCCAUAUGGAUGGGAGGUUAAUCAGCUGGCACUUGGAGGCAUUUGCUACAAUGGGAUCCACGAUUCGGGAUAUUACCAAUUCAUAAUCCCUGACCUGUCACCUAAAAACAAAUCAUACUGUGGGACACAGUCAGAGUUCAAGAACCCUGUUUAUCACUUCUACAACUCCAUCGUCUCCAAUGACUCCUCAGUAAUUGUGAAGAGCCAGCCUGUAAAUUACUCAUUCACCUGCACAUACAAUGCCAACUACCUGGUGAACCAGGCUGCCUUUGACCAAAGGGUGGCCACCAUCCAUGUGAAAAACGGGAGCUCGGGCUCAUUUGAAAGUCAGUUGUCCCUCAACUUCUACUCUAAUGCCAAGUUUUCAAGUGUAAAAGAAGCCCCUUUCAUUGUUGAAACAUCAGAAAUUGGUUCUGACAUAUUUGCUGGAGUGGAAGCUAAGGGCUUAAGUGACAGGUUCAAAGUCGUUCUCAACAACUGUUGGGCAACUCCCUCCUCUGAGUAUUUCUACCAGAUUCACUGGCCUCUGAUCACCAAAGGGUGUGCCACAGACAACUCCAUCCUCGUGCAUGAGAACGGGAAGACGAGCCGGGCCACGUUCCAGUUCAACGCUUUCCGCUUCCGCAACAUCCCCAAGCUGUCCAAGGUCUGGCUGCACUGCGAGACACACGUCUGUGACAGUGAGAAGUUCUCCUGCCCGGUGACAUGUGACAAAAGGAAACAACGCACGGAACAAACGGGAGGGGUUUUAGUGGCAGAGAUCACCGUCCGCAGCAAAGGUUUAUCCAGAUUUUGCACACUCUCAGAUAUCAUCUUCCACUUACUCUUUGUGAUGGGAUUUUAUGCUGGUUUAUUAUAA